AUGACAGAGGGGAUGAAGGCCUGCAUACAGGAGGCCCACGACCUGUUUGACACCGUGCUGAUCAGCCCGCACCUGGACGAUGGCACCAAGACCAUGCACUGGCGCAACAUGCUCUGGUUCGACCCCCUCAAGAAGGACAGGUACGGGUACUCGUACUGGGACACAAUGCUGAGCCCCAUCUUGCAGGCCGUCAAAGCCGCCUACACCAAGCCCGGCAAAACAUUCAUUUUCGGGGCGCAAGGGGAAAUGGGAGGAACUGUGUUCUACGCACCUGAGUCAUACCAGAAGGUGUUUGAGAUGAUACAGAAAGAGUACACAGGUCCUGCCACCCUAAAGACCGCCUUGUUAUUCAACCAUGCGUUUGUGCCCGGCGUCGUCAACCGCGGCCCAGACCCAGCAGAUAAGCGCGCAGGCCCGCCCAGCAAGCUCCAGGCCAUCCAAGGCUGGGGCCCCCUCCUGCCCUUUGACAAAUGGGAGCGGAGUGACCGCCUCAAACAGGCGCUCCCAGCUGUGAGGAAGCUGCUCGGGUCUGUCGACGUCAUCGGGGUCAGCAGCUACCCGCGGACCUCUGCGGACCCAAAGCCACGGGAGCUGGAGGUCUGCAUGGUCAAGUUUGACGCCGAGAUGAAGGCAUUGGGCUUUGACGUGCCGGCCUGGCGCAGCCGACCAGGCAAGCAGCUCAUCUGGAGCGAGUUUGCCCUGGGCGGCGGCGUCAACCGCUGUGGCACAACGCCUGCGCGGACACGGGAGCUGGCGGGACUGUGGCCCUGGCUGGAUGUGGGGUACCCCUGGACUGCCAAAACUGAUCCCUGGGCCGUCGCAGAGAUACGGCAAUAUCGUCGAGACUGGCACAACGCGGCGCUGUCACUGUUCAAGGCGGGGGGCCUGGCCUACCCCAUUGACGGCGCCUUCAUGUGGUGA